AUGAGUCAUCAUCAAUUACUCGCGGAGCAUUUUGGGCCCGGUUCUGAUCAUGCUGCAAAUGGUGAAAGCUCUUCAGAAACUGCUGAUUAUCUCUUAUCUCUCCUCGGUCGUAUCCUAUCAAUGCUCGAUGAUGUCGAAGUCCGCAGAAUAGUCCUUUUCAAACUAGAUGUGUAUUGGGCAUACUUUCCUAUUCACCAUGUCUCUCGAUAUGGACUACCGGAUGCAUGCCGGCUUUUACUAGACCACAUGCCACUCGUGUCGAAAAGUCAAUUUCUCGAACCUGCACUAGAGGGACGAUUUGAUGGAAUCACACCGCUUACUCUUGCUGCUGCCCAUGGUCAUACAGACGUAUGCGUCGCUCUCGUUGAACGGUUUAGGAAAAUCUGGGAUACAGCUCAGAAGGGCUUCUGGGUCACAUCUAUAUGGAAUGGGGAAGAUGUAAUCAAAGGUAUCUACGCAGGUUUCUGGCAGGUUUUACCUUUACAUGGCCCAUUCAAACAUUAUCGGGGAGCGUACGGAGAAACUGUGCUCUAUGCCGCUGUCAGCUCUGGGGAUUGGUCGGCAGUGUCAUAUCUAUUAAAAAGCAAAAUAGAUGUCAACGUCCCUGAGAAUUCUCGAGGUUGGACGCCAUUGAUUGUCACUUCUGUUAAAGGUCACGAAUCGAUUUUGAAACUUCUUAUUGAGGCCGGUGCCAAAGGAGAGCAUCGAGAUCGCCUUGGUUGGAGAGCACUUGAACAUGCAGUAUCCAAUGGCCACAUUGAGAUAUCGGAAAUAUUGUCACGGCGAGUUCAUGGGCAAGAGUCGGGAGAAAUCCAUGCUACUUUCAUUAGCGGAAUACAGUAG